AUGUCACUUGUUCAGGGGUCAAAGUCGGUACAAGAGUACCAACAGAAAUAUGAGGAGCUACACCACUUCGUACCUCCUUACCUUAGAGAUGAGCAAGGGAAGGCGAGCAGAUUUGAGAGAGGCCUGAGGAACACUGUUGGGACCAUAGUGUUGAGUCAUAACCUCCAGCGGUACACCAAAGUGGUUCAAAUGGCAAAGUCCAUCGAGGAUCAACAGAAUGAAACUUCUCACCCACAGUCCAAUACUGGAAAGCGGACUGCGUCUUCACAGAACACUCAAGGGCCUAGCAAAUAUCCUCAGUCAUAUUAUGUCAACCCUGCACCAUUUCAGUACGUGAAGCCUGAGGUACCCCAGCCCACACGUACUAUCCAGUCCGCCAAAUCCUCGCAGCCAGCAAAUGUUCCCAUCUGGUGCUUCACCUGCCGCCAGUAUGGGCACAUCUCCAAGUACUGCCAGCAGAAGAAGCCUGAGGUGUCAGCCAUCAUCUUCACAGCCGCCUCUACCCCGUUCAGUGGACCAUGCUAUUCAGCCUUACCAAGAGCAUCUCAUUCGUUUGUAUCCCCCACAUUCACAAAGAAGAUGCACAUUACUGCAAAAGACUUAACUCAAGGGUUAGCUGUUAGUACACCUACAGGCAGUGUAGUGCAGUUGGAUGUAGUUUAUGAACCUUGUACGGUGGAAGUAUGCGGUAGGAAGAUGACAGCAAGUCUCAUCGAACUCGACAUGACCGACUUCGAUGUCAUCCUUGGGAUGGGUUGGUUAGCAGAAUACCAAGCAAAUGUGGUGUGUGCUAAGAAACAAAUUGUCUAG